AGCGAUCGCCCUUGACCGAAUCUAUCGACAACCCUCGUAGUUUUAAAGAUUCCCUCAUCUUAGAAAAUCAAGAUGAUCCACCUUACUGACUUGUUUUACCAAUUUGGAAAUUCUAUAUUGUCGUCUUAUCCGAAGUGCAAAACGUGACGUUAGCCUCCGACUGAAUCUUCGUAUUUGUCUAGCAUUGAAUUUCAAAUUUGUUCAACAACUUGUCAAACAGGAAUAAGUACAUUUCGAUUUCAAUCUCUUCGCUUCUUGUAUCGGUAUUCAACUACGAUCCGGAAAGAAUUGAUUAGAAUAGCCUCCGUGUCAGUUAUACACCGACUCGGUCGCGCGUUUUAGAAUUUUUUUGCGAUUAUUUCAAUUUCUCAUAUCAUCGGUUGUGACAGACAUUAAGAACAAAAAUAGCGCACAGCAACUAUUGCUAUUCUUCUAGUAAAUCUCCGCACUUCGACUACCACUACCAUCAGAAAUUUCAGUAGUGCCGUAGGAUUAGGACGACAUUGAUUGUCCAUCACAUCAAAAAAGCGAGCACCGCUAAUUUAGGAGCUGUUGUUGUUUUCGUUUUCCAAGUAUUGGUCGAAACACAGUUCAUCUUCAUUUUAACCCUUGUUAUUUCAAUUUCAAUUUCUACGUCGAAACGACUCACGACUAGCACUACCAAGAACCUAGAAGUUGGACUAGUUACAACUAACAUUCAUACAUGUAUUUUUCUACUGCUGCGGCAAUGAAAAAUGUCAUUCUCAUUCUUCUCUACAGCGUAUCCCGUAGCUUUGCUGUUGCCAUUCCGAGGACGCCCUCCGGCUUGUUGAAUCACAAAAAUGUAGCGUCCAGCUGCCUGGCCCUGGAGAAUGCCGACGACAAGGAAAAUCAAAACGGAAACGUUGCAGAACCGUGCUGGCGCAAAGUUCUUGGCCCGUUUUUACAAAAAAAGACGGACUCCCUUGUGAAAGUUGCACAGAUGCAGGGCGUGGAGGAUCUUUUCGCCCAGCCCGCUGGAACGGCAACGGGUCGUCAGAAAGAAGCUGGGAGAUGCCCGCUCAUUGAUCUCAUGGAAUUGCAAGCGGAAUUCGAUCGUGCGGAGAACGAACUACCCCCGCCACGCGCGGGACUGGAAGAUCGUGAGGCGUGGGCGAAGCAAGUAGCUGACGUGGUUGAAAAGGAACAGCAACUCCGCAAAACAUCUGGCAUGGCAAAAUGGGGAAAAUCAACCCUGCGACCGGGUGACAUGAAGAAUAAAAAAAGCACCAAGAAGGCUGCUCCCGUACGAGAGAAUUCAAGGACACAGCAGGGGAAGCUCAAGCUGGAGACUCUGGACGAGUUUCUUCUUGCGCCGUCUCCGGGUCCGAAGAAGAGAGGAUUACGUGCUGCAAACCGCCUGUGGAGUAGCGACUACAACAACCUUGACCGGCAACGGAGGCGCCAGGAAGAAAGGUACUACAACCGCGGUCCCAUAGUAGAGAUUCGCCGCAAGUUGCUGGCGAGGGCGGCACAAUCGCUGGUGGCGGAAAUGUUCGGCACCACCGGAACUGCGGUUCAGUCGCCGGAGAAGCAAGAAGUCAGUAUGCCAGCGGGUUGGACGAAUGCGAAUCCCGUUGCCGGCGUUGGAAAUAAAACUUCCCCGCCGCAGCUCAAGCAAGACAGAACGCACGCAGCCGGUUCACAGAAUAAAAUCAGGGGCCGAAGAAGUCGUUCGCGUUCCCCAGAGGCACAUCCACAUGCACCACACACGACAGUCCAGUCCUCGAAGCCGAAGCGCUCUAGUACUUCGCCUCGACGGCGUUCUACUGCGUCUGCACGAGGACGAGGUCGAGGACGCGGGUCCUCUUGCGGGUCCGCCUCUUCUUCAAGUAGAUCUCCCUCCAAGAGCCGUGCGGCGCGCGCAGGGGUUCAACAGCUUUCCUGUAUUAACGAAGAAAAUGUUGUGAUCACACCUCCUGCUAGUGAAGAAGUCAAAGCUGCAGAAGUGGGACUUUCAGGACCGUUUGAGAGCAGAAGUUCGUCGUUUUCUCGCCAUGUUUCGCCUGCGAGCUCGGUGCUGAGCGAAGAGCCAGGUGCCGAACCGGGUGCGGUGGUGCUGCAGGAUGAAUUUCAGCCCGAAGAGGAGCCGCUGGACGGAACAGGAUCCCCGCUCAAGCAGCCCAGCCUAUGCCGACACUCUUCAUCUGCGACAGUGUCGACCGUCGUUCCGGCCACCGAGUCGGCAUUGCUCACAGACGACGAGUUGUCGCUCUCUCCAGCUUCUCCGGCGAAGAGGGGCGUAUCUCUUCCAAUCUCGCCCGUGUCACCUCAGCGGUCCGAGAGAAGUUUCGGGUCUUCGAGGAGCAGUAAGACGGGCAAAGAACAAUUCGGCGAUCUUGCACCGCUCGAAAUCCUAGGAUCGGACGAUGAAUCAUGCAAUGAGCAGGUGGAAGAGGACAAGCGGGAUGUGACGGACGUGCGACAACAGGAAGCAAAUGCCUUGGUUUCGCGACUGAAUGAGAAGAUUGUGGAACUCGAGACGUACAUGAUACCUUUGUACUGCGUCCUUUCGCAAAUUUUUCCAAUGGAGCAACAGCAGGAGCGCGAUCAGGCGGCGCGGAUGCUGCAAGGGGCGUAUAAGAUCAGCCAAUUCAUGGCGGAACGCGACCUGACAGGGGAGAGCGACAUCGAAAAUACACUCAAGCCGGCACUUGCGGAGGUCGCAAAGGCCCAGAAAGCGGUAGAUUCCGUCUGGGAGAAGCACGUUUUGACCCGGCUCAACCGCGGGGAAAAAGCAAAGCUGGCCCUAACGACGACGGGACACCCCAUUCCGGGGGACACUCUACCAAGCCGAGAAGGCAGCACGGAAUGCAAUCCCGGUUAUGUUACCCCCGGAUCAACGCCGCCGCGUUCGGCCUUUCAUGCGACGUCGGAUAACAGCGAGGGCUGGAAGGCCGGGCUUGAGCUCAAGGUGGAUGAUUCAGAUUGGUAUCAACCUUUAUCUAAAUUAGACAUCGAUGAAGAUGUUAUGUUUAACAGACAUUCUCUUUCUCAUGAAAGUUCGCGUUCCUUGAAGAGAAUUCCGAACCGUCCGCAUUCGUUGAAGGAUAUUCACGAUAAUCAGGCAAUUAGCAGUUCAGCAGGCUAAAACCAAGAAUUUAGAAAUUGAACAUCACUAUUAACGAUCAUCCGUCGUCAAGACUUUACUUUAGUCUCCCGCUACUCGUUGCACGACUGACACGAGAGUAGACGAAAUACGUUAUUAAGUAUUUUCAAACGACAACAGACGUUCUCACAUGUGGCGCUUUCGCUUGCGUGAGAGACAAAAUAGGAUGACUUCGGGAAAGAAGACCACUUAGAUAUUGGUCUUCGAUUUUCACGUAGUCGUCCUCACAUACUUUUUCAUCCUUUUGGUAGCGUUAGAGAAUCUUAUACCCCAUCCCAUACCAGAAUGAAAUAUACUGACAAGAAGUUCGAAGAAAUCUAAAGCAUGAAGGUUCAUGCAAGAGCAUCGCAGUUCCGGUUGCGACAUUAUUCGCCCGAGGCAUUGUUCUGGGAUUUUGCUCGUGUGCGGCACAGCCAUAGUAAG